AAUCCGAUCGUUCAACCUUUUUCAAUCGUCCGUUAUCUGCUGCGGCAUCUCGUUUUGCGUCAUCAACAAUCGUAAUCAGUAUUUGGUGGCGUUUGUACUUUAGAAACCGCUGCUCUAUCCGACAACAGAACCGUCUCAGCGCCCGUUUCAGCCGCCCGUCCUCUGCCGCGACAAGCUGCCCGCAUAUGCUGCUGCUUUGACAAGUACAUGGCACGGGGCUGCAGUCCCCUCCAAAGUCCAAUUGAAAAUGGCUCCGUCCCAGACACUGCCAGACAGUGGCCAAGACCAAAACAGCUACGCCGCUGCUCGAACAGCCGUGCGUUUACCCGAAGACGACACCGCCUCGAGAGACUUGGCCUUUGACCAACCUCCCAGCCGCUCCAUUACAAUCGACACCAUCGCUGCCAGAGUACCGCUGUCGCAUUCUCGACAAUCGUCUGCCGAAGCCUCCUCCGCCGUAUCUCAUGCCUCCAGUGCUGCGGGCUUGACAUCUCCCCGCGCUGGCCCACCGAUCCCUCUCCCUCCUCUACCUGUCGAACCUCCUAAACCUGCGGGCUAUGGCCAUCAUCGCCAGACGUCCAUCGUUCACGGCAUCCAACACUCAAGAAAUGGAAGCGUUGCUAGCCCUACGACAGCAAGCCCUCUGAGCCCCCAAAUAAUUGCCGCCGCCGGCUCGACGCUCGAUAUGCAAUCUCUCGGAGCUCGUUUGGAGCCCGACUUUGGGGCUACUGUUCGUGGCCCAGUGGGCAUUGGCUUGCAGGGCAGUAAUGCCAUGGGCAUGCCCGGUGCUCUCGAACGAUCGCCAUCCAACGUUGACCUACCUCUCCAAGGGCAGCAGCCGCCUCGCUCACACGAACGAACCAAGUCGAGGCGUGAACAACCCGGUCAUCACCAAAGCCUGUCGCGUCACCAGAAGGAGGAACAAAAGACAGUGGGCGAAUAUGCUCUACACGUCCUAUUUACUUCAUUUAUCGCACAGGCAGAAGAAAAGCUCAACGACUGUAUUACCGUCCCCUUCGAUCCCGAGCCACAUAUCGAACAAGUUUGCGGGCCUGGGGUUGACACGGCUUUCGACCAAUUGAUAGUUGCCCUCGGCCAUAUUGCUAGCCCCAAACCAAAGGCGUUGAUCGACUCCAUGAUGCUUUGGCGAAAGAGCAAGAGUGACGCUGCCAACGAAGCACGAAUCUCUUUUCAGCAGAUGCGUAACAAUGCACCAGUAGGCGCACUUACUCGCAGAAAUACCGAACCGUUGGGCAUUAUGGGACCAGAUGGUGCUCCUCCCACUACGGCUCCAUUGGCAGCAAAGCAGGAAUUUGUUGCCCAGGCCGAGAGGCGAUCGACAGUAUCCAUCUAUAUCCUUUGCCGUGUUCUGUUAGAAGUUAUUUGCCAGAGCAAUCUGGCAUCCAUUACGCCGGAGAUGGAAGACAAACUGGAAAGCAUCAUCUUUGGCCAACUCAAGGUUGCGGACGGUGAACAGCUUGCCAACUCACCUCUCAAAAUGGCAAACUGGAACCUCUUUGCGCAGCUUCUAGGACACAUGAGCGGUAUCAACUUUAGAGGCGUCACGCGCCGGUUUGUGGACGAUAUCGCACAGUCGCUACAAGAACGCGCUGUCAAGAGUCCCACCGUGCUCUCUGGAAGGGACGCAGAUAGCAGUAAGGUUGAGUUGGUGCUGGGCGGUAUGAAACAUCUACGGAUGAAAAUCUCGCCAGAGAGUGCCUGGGAACAAACCUGUGAUUUCCUCAUUGCCCUUGGCCGCCUCUUCACCAAGUCACACGGCCAGCGUAUCAAGUCCGCAUUCUGCCAGAUAUUUGACGUUCUUCUGAUCCCCAUCGCCGCCAAAGCAAGCAACAGUCAUCUAAUGCACCCAAAGUGGGCUGAAGUUCUUGCCUCUAUCGGACCUAGAUUGUCCCAAAUGCACGUCAAGCCUCGACACUGGCAGGUUGCCUUCCCUCUUACUGCAACGCUCAUGUGUGUGUCAUCUCCAGAUACAUAUGGCCAACAGUGGCUGCAGCUUAUUCUGCCGCUCACCCCUAGAUUUAAGGAUCGAUCAACUCGUCCUCUAUGCCUCCAAGUUAUUUCUCGUAUGGUUUGGACAUAUUUGUACCGAACCAAUGAUGGACCACAGGUGGCAGCACGAAAACUAGAUGAUGUUAUGAGACUCGUGUUGCCAAGUGCAAAGCGUACGCUGCAAGCAUCGGAUACUGCUGUUACAGAACCACUUCUCCAAAUUAUUAGAAUUAUCGGAUUCCGAUACCCCGAAUACUGCUUCCGAACUAUAAUAUUCCCGCUCAUCAGCGCAGAGCUCUUCAUGUCGAACAAGGAGCUCAAAGUCGAGCUACUCGACCCGGACCGCAUAGUCAUUGGUAUCCGGGCUUUUCUGCAGAUCUUGUUUGACUUGGAAAAGGGCGAACAAGGACGACCUCCUUUCCCAGAGUACGACUUGGCAUCUAUGCCCACCAAGUCACCACCCUCUUCUCCAUCGCCCCCGACCUCAGCACGCAAUUCUCUGUCGAAAAAGGAAGACACGAUAUCCAGACCGGUGCUGACACAUGUUCUGACUGAUGGCGUGCGCGAGAACUACCUAAAGUUCUGUGAGGUAUUGGGCAAGAUCACCAUCGUCUGCGAUAAUACCUUCGGUGGACAGGCUGCUCUCGACGAAAAGUUCAACAGUCCUGGUGCCAAGGCUCCCCCUGCAGAUACGUUUGGUUUCUCAAGACGAGACGAUAACCAGAUUGCUCCAGAUCAAAAACAGGCCUUCUAUGAACUUCUGCAUGUUGCAGUGGAAGCAUUGCCUCGAUGCCUGCCUCGUGAUAUCCCGUUCAACUCCAUAAUCAACCUCCUUUGCACGGGAACGGCCCAUGUGCAAUCUAAUAUUGCAGAAUCCUCUGCACACUCACUCAAGGCUAUCGCACGUCAAUCUCACUCUCAGCAAGUUGCCAUGGGCUUCGCGCGAUUCAUCUUCAACUUUGACGGUCGUUACGCCACAAUGUCCGAUGGCGGAAUGCUUGGCCCUGGACAUAUAGAGAGUACUCUCAAAUUAUAUGUUGAGUUGUUGCAGAUCUGGAUAGAAGAAAUCAAGCAUAGGACUAGGGAGGCAACUAACAACCAUGCUGAAAGUGGUGCCACGGAGCGUGCCGUCAACUUGGAUCUGUCCAGCAUUUGGGCAGAGGUCGAUCAGGCCGAAGCUCACGGCCUCUUCUUCUUAUGCUCCCAGUCCAGGCGUGUCCGAUACUAUGCAGUCACUGUGCUCCGCCUUAUCACAGAGUUCGACAAGGCGCUGGCAAAGGAACCAGCUGAUGAGAAGUCGGCUCUUCGCCUGAUUGACAUUCUCGAGAAUGAUGCCAACGACAUCAUGGAUUUCAGUGACGAGUCUUUAUCUAUUGCUGAAAAGAGCCGCUUGCAGCGGGGACUGAGCAGUGGAAACGGCAAAGGUGCCGUUGUCGAACUCUGCACAAGCGACAUCUCCUACGACUCAACAGUUUGGUUCAAAAUUUUCCCCAAGCUGAUCAAGACAUUCUACGACAAAUGCCCUUUUGGAGUCACCAUCUGCCGAGAUUUGGUGUGCAAUAGGAUUAUCCAAAUGUACAAAACAAUUGUAUACUUGUCUGAACCAGCUCGGGGUCCGUACUACGGAGGGGAGGCAAAUAGCCGGGGCCCAGGGCGAUCGCCAACUGCUCAACCAGAAGUUAUGAUUGAGCAGUGGAAGCUCUAUCUCAUAUUCGCAUGUACAACCCUUGCCGAUCCAGGAGCCCUACCCGGUCCUGUCACGCCUACAGAGCCUCAACAUGUACGAAAGGGAUCGCAGAAGACCGUCGCCAAGGACAAGGUUGUAACAGCUAGAAUGCUGUUCAAGUAUCUUAUUCCGCUCUUGUCUGUAUCGUCUGGUUCGGUUAGAGAUGCUGUUGUGGUGGCCAUGGGCUCCAUCAAUAUCGAUAUAUACCGAACUCUACUGGAGGAACUCCAGGGACAAGUAUCACGAUGCAGUGACGAAGCUCGCGCACGAAUUCACCAGCGCACAAACAGCGCCCCCCGGCGCAACCGUAAGAUGGAUUUGCUUCGCACAGAAAUAACGCAUGUUUUUAAGAGAACAGCGCAUUUCUUGCGCGAUCCGCGAAUCUAUCAAGAUGACUUCUUCCCUACAACACUCGCAGCGUAUGCCAAGGACAUCAAGCUAUUCCUGAUGGAUGGCGGAGUCCAGUUAGAUUGGGAAUUCCAAAAGCUUCGCCAACACUAUUGCGGGUUGGUUGAGGUACUCUUUGAAGGCAUCAACAAGACGGCAGAUCCUUCGAGAUGGAUGACCUUUGAGUCAAGAAAGUCGUCCUUCUCUCUCAUGGAAGACUGGUGCGGUUUCUCCCCUAAUCAGCCACAGAUUCGACAGCGCGAAGACAGCAUGCGACGGUCGAUAAUGGAUCAGGAAGCGCUACGAGAGCGCGGAACUCUCACAGCCGCCAUGGAGAUUGAAAAGAGAAAUCUCCGCACAGCCGCUCUCAGUGCAAUGGCGGCCCUCUGCGGAGGACCAAUUAGCGUCACAAACGAGAGUGGUGCAACGCUUCAGUUCGAUAUUCGUCGUAUGCUAGCUUGGAUUGAAACCAUUUUCAACUCCGGCAACGACAAGAUGAACAUUAUAGGGCAACAGGCGCUCAAAAACCUAAUCAUUCACAACCGCGAGCUACCGUAUCUCCUGGACCACUGCGUCGCCCGCUGCUACCUUUCCACGACGGCCAAGAUUAUGGAGAGCUACUUCAUGGUCAUUUAUGACGUGCUCCACGAACAAAAGGACUACCCGUUCCAGUUUUGGCGAAUUCUAGGCCUAUGCCAAUUCAUGCUUGGCAAUGAGCAGAGCGAGAUUCGCAUCAAGGCGGCGGGUAUUUUCCGUCUGCUUGAUGCCAGCCAGCCUCGCAAGGCGCGCCUGGCCGAUUUCGAUAUUAGUAUUUCGGACAAGACACAAGCCGUGUACAAGCUGGCGCAGUUUGAGAUUGCCAAGCGUCUCGCUGGUACUUACAACGACUACGCAUUCUUUGUCUUCUCCGAAUUUACUCUGUACUUCAAAGACCUCCAGCCUGUCGCGCAACGUAACGUCAUUGCUGCCGCUCUGCCUUGGAUUCAGGCUACAGAACUGAAACUGGAUCCCAAUGGUGGCCCAACCGCGCAUUCCUACGUGCUGCUCGCCAAUCUUUUGGAAAUCACUAUCAAAUCUAGCGGUGCGCUGCAUAAUGAAGUCCAAGCUCUGUGGCAGGCUCUUGCUACUGGGCCUCAUCCUGGCAACGUCAGGUUGGUUCUUGACUUCAUGAUGCAGCUCUGUCUUGAGCGUCGUGAACAAAACUUUGUUGAAUAUGCCAAACAAAUUGUCGUCUUUCUGUCGACUACAAACGGUACACCCGGAAUCAAGGUCGUCGAAUUUCUCCUUAUGCAAAUUACGCCAAAGGCAAUGGUGCCGCACGAGAAGAGGGAAGCAAUGGCACCACCUGCUGAUGUCAACACAUUACCAUACUGCGCUGAUCUGGCUGAAGUCUUGCCUGUGGGCACUAAGCAGGCGGGCUUUUCACUGGGCCAGCUUUCUUUAAUCUUGCUGGUAGAUCUGAUGGUCGCUCCAGUACAUCUUACAGCAGAUAAUCUACCCCCUCUACUGCAUGUGGUUACUGUACUCUGGGAUCAUUACACGCCCCUGGUACAAGAGCAAGCUCGCGAGAUGCUUGUCCAUCUUAUCCACGAGCUGGUCAUUUCGCGUCUCGACGAUGCAGUAGAGACGGCACAGAAGGAGAAUAUCCAAGGCCUGAUUGACCAAAUUCGGCAGCAUGACCGGUCUGUUGUCUGGGUCUAUGAGGACAGCAAUGGAAAGGUGGACGAGCAAGAUAAUAAGGUUCCUGCAAGCAUGGAACACUUAACGACUGAAGUGGUCAAGACGUUUGAGCUGACGUUCCCAGGGAUUAAAGAAACUUGGGGUCGCCUCUCAUUGACUUGGGCUACGUCGUGCCCAGUUCGCCACCUUGCAUGUCGAUCGUUCCAAAUCUUCCGAUGCGUCUUGACGUCCCUGGACCAGUACAUGCUUGGAGACAUGCUGGCACGGUUGUCCAAUACGAUUGCUGACGAAGAUCCUGAGAUUCAGUCCUUUUCUAUGGAAAUUCUGACGACGCUCAAGACUCUGAUCGUUAAGCUCGAUCCAGAGAAGCUUCUGACCUUUCCACAACUGUUCUGGACAACCUGUGCCUGUCUUGAAUCCAUCAAUGAGCGCGAAUUCUUGGAAGCCGUGGAGAUGCUCGACGAGCUGGUUACCAAGAUUGACUUUAAGCAGCCCAACGUGCGGCGCAUGAUCCUCGAUGGCCAGCCUGCUAGGUGGGAAGGUAACUUUGAAGGACUCACGCUUCUUUUGCACAAGGGCCUACGGUCAUCAGCGUGCUGGCAGCCUACUCUCAACAUUCUGGACAAGCUUGUUCGACUUCCAAACGACCCUCUUAUUGGCGACGACAGCCGUCUGUUCUUCUCGCUGCUGGCCAACUUUCCUCGAUUCCUCAAUGAGCUGGACCAAAAGGGCUCUGCGGGAGAGGAAGCUCUUAAAACCGCGCGAAUUCUGCUCGCUGAGGUUGAUCGACAGGGCCUGGAAGCCAUUGGCAUUGUACUUGACGACUUCAUCUCUGGCAAACUGUCCCACGGCCCCGACUUCCUUGGCCAAUUCUUCAUGUCGCUGCGCGAAUACUACUUACCACAAUACGACUUCCGCAUGGUCACCUUUUUAAUUGGCCUUCUCACCAACUCGCUCUCGUGGGUCAAAGUGCAAACCAUGCAAAUCCUGUGCGUGGUGAUUCCUGAAGUGGACAUGCGCAACCCCGAACUCGCAGGCCACGGCUCGGAUUUGAUCUCCCCGCUGCUUAGACUGCUGCAAACCGAAUUCUGCAUGAACGCCCUCGAAGUUCUCGACAACAUCAUGACUGUAUCCGGCAGUCACAUGGACAAGCACCAUCUACGCAUGAGCAUGACGCGCGCAACCUCCAAGACGAUCCGCAAGGAAUACGAGCGCACACAAUCGCUCUUUGGUAUUCCAGAGGCAUCCGGCUGGGCAAUCCCCGUGCCCGCCAAGAAGACAGAAGCGACACGGUCCAAUAUUCACUCGGCCUUUUACAUGUGCCAGAGCGCCGAGGGUCCUACGCCUGAAGAGACACCCACGGCGGGCGUCGAGUUCCAAAACGACGGCUUCCGCUACGGCUACUUUGAAGCGCCAGACCGCAGCGAGACGAUGCUGUCCGACGAAGGCCGCGAAGAGCCGCCCGUGGUUGAUCUGGUUACGAACCUGGACAGCCUGGACGACUUCUUUGACGAAGAUGUGAGCCCGCACACCGACGACGACGGCCGCUCAUCGCGCACCGUGACGGAAUACACACCGGAGUCGUUUGAGUCCGGCACCGAGCUCUACGACGAACAGAUCCUCCCCAUCCUGCACCAAGCCUCGACCAAUCCGUCCUUCCAAAACGGCUUCGUAGACAGACCCGUCGUGCCUAUUGCCUCACCGCGCGAUCUCGCCCCGAAUACCAUGAACCCAGGCGCCUUUACACCGAACCGCCCGGCGCUUCACAUGCGGUCCAUCACGUCCCCGUCUGCUCCGCACUCCUUCCAUCACCAGCAAGGGUACCAGCCUGGCGACUUUACCUCUGACGAAGAGUAUCUGUCUGGCGGCAUGUCUGAUGCAGACGAUGAGCGCCCGCCGCCUCCUAACACUGGCACAUUUUAUCUUGACGAGCCGCCUCUGUCACCAAACCAGCAGCAUGGCGGUGGUACCGCACCGGCGUUCCGUCGACCUCCUCGAAAGGAAAGCCGUGGUGCAAAGAGCAUGUAUACAAGUGGUACCGGCAAGAUUGGGCCCCAAGACAUAUUGUAACAAACAAACAAUACUGCAUUGCAUUGGGUGGCAUGUUUUCUCGUUAUUUUGUUUACAGUUUUACGGUUUAAUGUUUGAUAGUUUUUUUGUUUUGCGGUUUAAUGUUUGAUAGUUUUUUUGUAAAUAGGCAGCUGGUUUUCUCGUACGUACACAGCGUGUUUUAGCAUAGGCGGCAACUCUUUUAUAUACAAGCAAACAAACUUUCUUUAUUCUUCAC